GCUAAACGGAAGGAGUCCAUGUUAUUGUUGAGCAAAUCAUAUUCGCCUUCAAGCAAGGUUUCUCCGUUUUCGUCGCAACAGAGAAGACAUGUCGCUUAAAGGCAGUAGGCAAGGUUCUGAGAAAGUUCAAACAGAGACAGUGAGCAGUGAACUGCUAGAAGAAUCCAGUAAACAUAAAUCAGUGGUUGCUGGUGUUCAGGAAAAUAUGGAUGACAAGUCACCAACCAAGCCAGAAAAGGGAAAUAAAAGUAAUUCAUCUCCACCAGCCACACAAGGAAUACCUACAGAUACUGAUAAUACAGAACAGAACUUACAGAGCAAGGAUGAUCACCAAAAAUCACAUGAGACAGCAACAAAUUCACAAAACUGUGAACUUACAGAAAGUGACCCAGUAAAGCCAGGAGAAAGUACAGUUGAUGAAGAGAACAAAGCUUUGCCUAAAGAUUCUAAGAAAUCACCUACAGAAAAUGAGAAAUGCAAUAAAUCCAUUGAAAUUGAGGAAAGAACAAAGCAGCAGGCAUUUGAUCUAUUAAAAUGGAAAAAUAGUUCACCUACACAAGCCAAGGAGAAAAAGAAAAGAAUCAAGAAAAAAGAAGUGAAGCAUUCACGACAAACUGAGGUGUCUGAAUAUUUUCCUGUUAGGAGAAGUGGUCGCAAGAGCAAAUCAGUUCUAGAGAAUGAAAAACAAAAAGCUUUGGAGGAGGCCUUGUUAUCAGGCAAAGAGGAAGGUCUAGAGGUACAAGAAGUAGAGGGUAAAGGAAGAGGUGUUUUUGCCAAAAUAGACUUCACAAGAGGACAAUUUGUGUGCGAAUAUGCUGGUGAACUUAUUAAUUAUGAAACUGCAAAGGAACGAGAGAAAUUCUAUGAAGGAAAGACAGAAUUUGGAUGUUAUAUGUAUUAUUUCAACUUCAAGGACAAAAAGUACUGUGUUGAUGCCACGAAAGAAAGCGGCAGACUGGGUCGGCUUUUGAAUCACAGCAGAACGGAAGCCAAUUGUGUAACAAGGCUGGUGUCAAUCAAAGACAGACCUUACCUAAUACUGGAAACAAACAGAGACGUCAAAGUGGGAGAAGAACUUCUCUACGAUUAUGGAGAAAGAAGCAAAGACAUCCUUCAAUUUCAUGAAUGGUUAAAGAGCUAGUGCAGAUAUUCUUAGUAGGAUACAAGGUCUCUUCGCCGACAUGUAAACUCACUGGCAAGCAACUCGCCGACACUAAUGGCCAACUCGUCAGCUCGCUAACCCUAACCAACGUUUUGUCGGUUAAAAAAUUUCUUGUAGUCUAAAGUAUUUAUUGUUGUGUUUGUAUCGGCUAGUUUUCAUUCGAAACUGUUAACUUUGUUAUAAAAGGCCCCGAUUUAACCUUGUUUUCCAUGAGGAACUGACUAAGUAGUGUCGGCGAGGUGACCAAUGGUGUCGGCGAGCUGAUCAAUGGUGUCGGCGAGUUGGCAUGUCGGCAAAGUGACCGGUAACCCUGAAUAGUCAGGUGACUGAAGAACUGACUUAAAUUCUGUGUUGCGAUCAGCCUUAUCGCUACGAAUGGACUGGAUGCCAAUUGCAAUUCGCUUUUUCUACAGAUCGUCAAACUGGAUUACAUUUGAAGUAUGCUCCCCAUCCUAAAAUAUCUUAUUUACACCUUGGGAAGCUGCUACAAUCUUUAACCACUUUCAUUGGUCUCUUUAUG